UAUCACCAUUCCACCUUCCGUUCUUAUUACAAGUUUAAACUUCAAAGAAAAAAAUAACUAUUAAAAAAUGGGAAAUAGUUUAGGAGCCAAAAAGAAGAGUGCAACAAUCAUGAAAAUAACCGGAGAAGCAAUGAAGAUAAAGACUCCAGCGACCGCUCUCGAUGUGACAAAGGACCACCCGGGUCUCGUGUUAUUGGAUUCGGAGAUGGUGAAGCAUUAUGGGGUCCGAGCGAAGCCGUUGGAGCCACAAGAAGAGCUCAAGGCUAAGCGCCUUUACUUCUUGGUUGAGUUGCCUAAGCUUCCGGAAGAUAAAGGGCCUAGGAGGGUCCAGUCUGGGAUAAAUAUGAGCGCCAAGGACCGGCUCGAGAGCCUUAUGCUGGCUCGGAGAUCAGCGUCCGAUUUGUCAUACAUGAAAGCACCAAGCAUUGCAGCUAUAAAUGGUGAUUCCGAAUUUUCAGGGAUUCUCAGGGACGGCCCUGGUGCUGGUUCUGACUCAUUUAGGGUGAAGUUGAGGUUGCCCAAGGCGGAGGUGGAGAGGUUGAUGAAAGAGAGUAAAGACCGGUCAGACGCGGCUGAAAAGAUUAUGAAACUUUGUAUGGAGAAAGACGGUGGCGCUGGCGGCGGUGGUGGUGCAACGACGGAGGGACGAAGGAGACAAGGUCGUGGGAAAAGAGUGGGAUUUAGUGAGGAACUAGAACAAACAUGGAUAUGAAAAUAAGCAGCAAACAAGUACACAGCAGCCAUGCAGAGUGAUGUUCUUUCUCUCUUUUCUCCUUCUGUAUAUGAUUCAUAUUAUAUUUCUAGUAUGAAUCAAUGUAUAAAUCAUUAGUUUGUAACUCAUUCUUUAUCUUUCCUUUUUAUGCUAGCUCUCUAGUGCUGUGGAAUUUAUUCUUGUAAUAACAGUUUGAUCAAUAUAUAUUCUGAUCUCAAUUUCCUUUAUAA